GAUUGUUUUUCCUCGCAGUUCAAUUAUUACAUAGGUACCAUAUAAGUAACUAUAUUUCAUAGAUAUUUAAAUCCCAUUUACUUAAGAAUUGGAAUUUUUAAUGAUUAAAAGAGUUCAAAUGUGAUAGCUGCCAAAAUUUACAAUGAGUCCUGUGGAGAGUGUACCUGUUGCAGUAUUGCAUCAUGUGGAUGAAUAUGUUGAAUUAUUGUAUGAUGAUAUUCCUGAAAAAAUCAAAGGAUCUGCUUUAAUCUUACAACUUGCAAGGAAUCCUGAAAAUCUAGUGGAAUUAGCUAGAAAUGAAGCAUUGCUUAGUGCUCUAUCAAGAGUACUAAGGGAAGAAUGGAAACGAAGUAUUGAGUUGAGUACAAAUAUUGUCUACACAUUUUUUUGUUUCUCAACAUAUAUUGAAUUUCACUCAGUUAUUAUACAAUACAAGAUUGGCUCAUUAUGUAUGGAUGUAGUUGAUUAUGAGCUGAAAAGGUAUGACCAAUGGAAAGAAAAAGUAGAGGGAAAGAAGACAGCACUUACUCCUGAUAAGAAUGAACUGCCAAAAAGUCGUAUACCAGAACCAAAGAGGCGCCCAAAGUCAGGCACAUGGGCAGUUGCCGAUGUAAACCUUCAGAAGUCUCGAACAUUAGUAUCAAGCUAUCAUGAAGACCUUUGCAAUGCUACUGAUGAUGUUUUAUCGAAAAUUGAUGAAGAGCAGUUAAAACGAAAACUUAAAGCACUGUCAAAGCGACAAGAACAGUUACUGCGUGUUGCAUUUUAUAUGCUUCUAAAUAUAGCUGAUAAUGUGAAGGUCGAAGAUAAAAUGCAUAAGAAAGAUAUUGUUGGCUUACUUAUUGGAGCCAUGGAACGGCAUUCAAAUAUAGACUUGUUGAUUCUGAUUGUUUCCUUCUUGCAAAAACUUUCGAUUUUUAUUGAGAAUAAAAAUUCAAUGGCCAAUAGAGGUAUUAUAGAUAAAUUAGCCCCACUUUUGGAUUCACCUAAUGCCGAUCUAGUCAAUGUCACAUUAAAACUACUUUUUAAUUUGACUUUUGAUACGAAAUUGCGAAAUAAAAUGAUUAAGUUGAACAUGUUGCCUAAGUUUAUUCAAUUUACAAGUGAUGAUAAACAGAUAACAUUGGCAAUGAAGAUAUUAUACCAUUUAAGUAUGGAUGACCGUGUUAAAGUCAUGUUUACUCAAUCGGACUGUGUUAAACUAUUGACAGAUAUGCUGCUGUUAAACGUCAACAGUGACACAAGCGCCGAAGGGCCGAGUAGCACUGACGUUCUAUUGGCGCUUUGUGUAAACCUUGCCUGGAAUGAGCGCGCCGCUCACCAAAUGACCUCCGAGGGAAGAUUGCGUGAGCUUCUAGCGAGAGCUUUUAGACAUCGAAAUGCGAUGCUCAUGAAACUUGUGAGGAAUCUGUCACACCAUGCAGUGAAUAAGCCGAUGUUUGUUGAGUUCGUAGGCGAUCUGUCUGGCGCCGUAACAAGUGGUGAGGCGCCUGAAGAUUUUGUUAUAGAAUGUUUGGGCACACUUAGUAACAUUCUUAACCCGAAUAAUAAUAUUGAUGUGUAUGCCGUGGUCGAAAGAUAUAACUUGAUUCCAUACAUCAUGAAGGUGCUUGAUCCAGGAGAACAAUGUGAGGCUGAGAUGGUUUUGGGCGGUGUCGUACUAGCGGGCGCUGUGUCCGCAGACGAACGGUGCGCGAGUGCUCUCGCUGCGGCAGGUGGGGGUCACGCGCUCGUGACCGCCUUACGACACCGACAGGCGGACGACGAGCACGUCCUUCAAACAGUAUUCGCGUUCCGUCAAAUGUUGUCUCAUCCUCGCGCAGCAGAAAACCUUGUUACUAGCACUGAAGCGCCAGCCUACCUAAUUGAUCUCAUGCAAGAUAAAAAUGUCGAAAUACGAAAAAUGUGCGAUUCCUGCCUCGAUAUUAUAUCGCAAAUGCAAAAUGAAUGGGCAGCAAGAAUUAAGGUGGAAAGAUUCCGAUGCCACAAUGGGCAAUGGCUUUCCGUAGUGGAGACGCUGGGAGCGGAGGGUGGGUCAGGAGAUGCAGCGGAUGAGCUGCCGCCCUAUCUCUCUGCCGAAUAUUUAACCACUCAUCGCCUAACUACAUCAGAUUCUCAAGCAUCUCUGAACGAUGACACUGACAGCUUUUCUGGUGAUGACUAUAACAGAGCAAAUAGCCGCAAUACUCAAGACGGCCAUUCUGACGAUCUCGGUCUAUCUGAUUCGAUGACUGGAAAAACAUUGGACGAUGACGCGCAUAUUUCGAAAAAUAAUAUUUUUUCGUAAAAUCGCUUAUUUAACUACUUACAUUACACCUCACUAAUUAAUUAUAUCGUUAGCUAAACACCAAUGAAAUAAUAACAAAAUGGCCUCUGAGAACCACUAGUAGUUGUACCUUUGUAAUAAUACAACUAAUAUAUAAUUAAAAAAUAUACCUGCUUUAUUAAAAUAAAAUAUAAAAAUAAUAAAAAGCUUAAAACAUAUUUAUAAAGAAUAGAGCAUAGGACAUUUCUUUUACAAAUAAUGGUGGGAAAUAAGUUUACGAAAACUAUCAGUAUUAUGUUUUCAUAUACGUCAUGCAUUACUGUGAUUAUAAAAUUUUGUGAAUCGUAAUUCUUCAUAAACUUGUACCCGAUUUGUAUCACCCUUUUCUUAGUUAAAUUUCCUUUAUAUUCGUUGAAUUAUAGUAAAAUUAUUGCUUAACCUCGAAAAGAACUCGCAAUUAAAGCAAUAGACGAUCAUAUUAGUAGAGAUCGGUAUCUUUAGCAUGAUUUGUCCUUUUUAAUAUCUGUACGUACACAACUAUUAUAUUAAAAAAAUAUUUUCUAUUUUAAUGCCACUUACACAUUCAUUUUUAUAUUAAUUCAUUAAUAAACAUUAUGAAAUUAAUUAAAAUUUGCACAUAAUAAAACAAGUGUUUUUAAUAAUUCCUAAAAAUUGUGAUAUUAAUUUUUUUUAAGUUUUAAUUUUAGUAUAUUGUUUACCAAAUUGGUUUUUUUUUUAUUGUUAUUACAAUUACUAGUUACCAUCGUAAUUGAGCUCAAAAUUGUACGUGUAAUAGUAGCGAAUAUUAAACAAGAUUAAUGUAUUUUAUGUCCGUUUUCAGUCAACCAGUAUUGUAUUACGCUGUGCAAUUUGUAUACUAAUUUAAUAAAAGUUUAACAUUA